CGCAUGCGCAGAUAGGACGGGAAGUGGCCGCUCGUUCCGCGCCUUUUUCCGGUACCGCCGAGAACGGGGACCGGAUUGAAGCGGACAGUGGAGGAGUGGAGACGGAACGACAGGCCGCAGGGUUAGUGGGAACUGCUGCACUGAAGAUUGACUGCACGGUGAGUCAUUACAAAGCAGGGAAGCCGGACUCGAUGACCUUCACUGGGAGUGCGGAGCCGCUGCUGUAGUUCGGCGGCUGGAGGGAGGCCGAGGUUCAUACUCCCACCGACAACUGCUGCAACGAACUGCCGAUCCGAGAGACCCCAGAACGGGUGGCCAGGACAACUCGGCUGCCUCUGAGGCGUUUGCCCAUAGCCCAGGCCAGGCCCUUUUGGUCGGCCAGCUCCACCCGCCUCUCGCUGCCGUGGUCUCUUAUGUACUUUCUAGAAGAUGGGAAAGGUCCUGUCGAAGAUAUUCGGGAACAAGGAGAUGCGUAUAUUGAUGCUUGGACUUGACGCCGCCGGUAAGACCACCAUCCUGUACAAAUUGAAAUUGGGUCAGUCUGUAACCACCAUCCCCACUGUGGGCUUUAAUGUGGAGACAGUGACUUAUAAGAACGUCAAGUUCAACGUUUGGGACGUGGGCGGCCAGGACAAAAUCCGGCCACUCUGGCGGCACUACUACACCGGGACCCAGGGAUUAAUAUUUGUGGUAGAUUGUGCCGACAGGGACCGGAUAGACGAAGCCAGACAAGAGCUUCUGCGCAUCAUCGGCGACCGGGAAAUGAGAGAAGCCAUCAUUUUGAUAUUUGCAAAUAAGCAAGAUUUACCCGAAGCCAUGAAGCCGCACGAAAUUCAAGAGAAAUUGGGUUUGACCCGCAUCCGAGAUAGAAAUUGGUAUGUGCAGCCGUCCUGUGCCACUUCAGGAGAUGGACUGUUUGAAGGUCUUACGUGGCUAACGUCCAAUUACAAAUCUAAAUGAACAUAAAAACUGUUUUAGCUUAAAAAAAAUCAGUUGCCUCGGGACAUCAACGAAAGUAAUCUUGACUCUACUAAUCACCUGUCUGCAUUUCUUUGCUAUCUCGUUUGGCUUUGCGUUAGAACGUUUUCAUAUAAAUGCGCUGAACUAAUCUUGAGCAAGAAUCGAAUGUUAAGUAUUUUGAAAGGUCUUUCUUUAAACCAUUUGCCAUUAUUUGAAUGACUUCCUCUUUCUGUAUUCGAUUUGGGCUUUUCAACACUUUUUAUACUCAGUUUCGAGUUCUUUUUAAUGCCUUGCUUUAGAUCGCCGAUUUUACGUUCAUGAAAAGCGACGAUGUUGGGUCUCUUACAAUUAGUAAACUUAAAGUUUAUUUGAACAAAUUUUAGUCACGUAUAAUUAUUUGACUUUGUUUCUUUGAUUCAUCUCCAGCGUAUAUUUAAGAGCCCUGCCAUUUCUAAACUUGUUUUUUUUUGUGGAGUCGGUUGAAAUGUUUCAUUUUGAUUCUGUGUAGGGUGUGUCCCUAUGAAACGUAUGCUUCUGCCUGUAUUCCCAUCUGCUGUAAUUCAGACUAGCAAAGCAAGUGAAUGUGUCGAGAAAAUGUUUCAGUAUUCAUAUACAAUGGAAAAAUAAUCUUGUAUGCUAAAUGCUUGUAUAAUCAGUUUAUGUAGGGCUGAUUUUAAAUGCUCUAACGCAUUGGUUUUAACAUCCAUACUGUAUACCACCACUGGUGAAGAUACAGCACGCCCAAAAUUAAUUUGCAUUUGCUGAAGGAAGAGACAAAAGGGUGGGAAAUGUGAUUGUGACUACUUAUUCAUGUGGAGUGAUAAAUACUGACAUGGAUGAAUUGAACUAAAUUUGUUUUUGUUGUAACUUGUAUGUAUUUUCAUAUGAUUCCAGUUUCACUUGGUUCCCGAUGCAAAACAAUUAAUUUGCUGCAAGGUUCGGUGAUAAUGGGGCAAACCACAUGAGUAAUAUGGCAAAUGUCAAGAAACAUGAAAAACACCAAAUUCUAAAUGUAUGCUUCGGGGUGCCCUGCAUUUCAAGGCAGGCAUUUAACACAUUAUUGGUAAUAUUUGUGAAAUUAAGGAUACGCAUUGCAGUCUUUGAUUACUAUAAAGCAGCCAUAGUUCAGUUGAUAUUUUCUUAGUAUUUUGAGUGCUGACAUGCAAUUUCCUGUGUCUGUGGUUUUCCGCAGAAGAGAGAAUAAAGGUCUUGGAGAGGUAAGGGCAGUUUUAUAUCUGAUUAUUAAAAGUUGCUGCUAAACAGGGAAAAGAAUUACAGCACAGAUUUGAAGGUUCAGUAUUUUGAAAAAGUAAGAUCUGCAGGAAUUAAAUCAUUUCUGCUCUUAAUUGUAUUGUUCAAAUGGUUUUUAAUAAAACCUCCUGGCUUUUAUAGUUGUGCUAACUUUUGAAUAACUUUAAACUACUUUCUUAAAUCACUUUACACUUUGAAUAAAUAUUAGAUCUUAUUUUCCAAAUUAAUAUCUUACAUGGAUUUCCUAAAUGUUGUCUAGAAACUUGAAUCAAGGUUUUAAGUGAUUUGUAAUAACCAGGUCAUUUUGUUUGCAUUUAAAUUAUUUUCACUGAGCUGAUGGCAGUUAGUAUUUCAAAUGCUUAGUUGAAAUACUGAUCAUCAAAUUCAUAAAAUUAAUUUUGUACUAAAACAACUAUAUUCAAUUGAAUUAAAUGGAGCUGUAUUUUAAACCAAUUAUUUUGAGCUUCAAGUAAUUUGCACUGUAGCCUUGACAAGACUUUUCAGACUCUAUUCUGAGAAUAGUUAUUCAAUUGGUACAGUAACUGCUUACAACCACUGUGUUGGUAAAGACUUCAGAUCUAAUCAGUAUGUGUGCUAAUUAUCCAAAGGGGAGAAAUAUAACUGAAAUGUCUGUUACAUUAACUUCAUGCUCAGUACAGCCAGGAUGGGAGAAGCUGUGCAAAUUUAUAAAAUAUCAGAUUAAGAGGGCUAGAAUAGUAGUAUUAAAGCUUUUUAUUCUUGAACCUUUAAGACUUGAGAAAUGAAAUAGUAGUGGCCUCUUCAGGCUAGCAAGGCUUGAAGUGAAUUAGACAAUUGUCAAAUGGGUUGGAGCACAUAAUAACUAAUUUGAAAUUAGUUUGCGGUCUUGACCUGACAUGGAAAAUGGGGUGAACAAAGAAUCCACCGCUCAGUAAUAAGUUCUUUAUUUUCUGAAGGAAAAGGGGCAGUGAGUAAAUGUAUGUAUGGGUGGACACAAUUUUAUAUUGCGACUUUUUCAACAUUGAUUAUUAUAUGUGAGCAUUCUCUUUUUCAAAGAAAAAUAUUUGACUCUGUUCAAAGCACAGGACAGACAAAAUGUUUCUGUAGAAAGGUACUAAAAUAAACUUUAUCCUCAAACUUGAA